AUCACCAUCUUUCACUUCUUCAUUGCAACCUCUCUCUUCUGAACCAAACCCAUCUAAAACCCUAACCCUCUUUUUUUUUUUUCCCGAGUUUCAUUCUGUUCGUAGAGAUUAAUAUAUACAUACAGUGGAAAGAAAUGGAGGCAAUCUGUACGGAGCAACACAGGUCAGGCCAUGUCAGGAGGCCGACAGUGGAGAUCCCUCCGAGAAAGCUCCUCUUGUCCGCCAAAACCGCCGCCGCCAGUCCUGGACGCGAGCACAAACUCAACUGGAACAAGACCAACAAGAUUCCGACCACCGACCACGAUUCCCACAGCGACAACGAUUCCAGAGAGUACUGUUACGACUCCGACUCCGACGAUCCCUACGCCGCCGAUCAUUUCCGCAUGUACGAGUUCAAGAUCCGGCGUUGCACCCGUAGCCGGAGCCACGACUGGACCGACUGCCCCUUCGCUCAUCCCGGCGAAAAAGCUCGCCGCAGGGACCCCCGCAGGUAUAGUUAUUCCGGUGAGGUUUGCCCGGAGUAUCGCCGUGGCGGCGAUUGCAGCCGUGGAGACGACUGCAGCUUCGCUCAUGGCGUUUUCGAGUGUUGGCUUCAUCCCUCGCGUUACCGUACGGAGGCUUGUAAGGACGGUAAGCACUGUAAGAGGAAGGUUUGUUUCUUUGCUCACUCACCACGUCAGCUUAGGGUUUUGCCGCCGGAGGAUGUCUCCGCCGGAAGCUGCGGCGACGCGUCGAUGACGUCGGCGGUGUCUUUGUCGCCAGCGUCGGUUUUGAGCGGCGGAAAGAAUCGGUGCUGCUUGUUCUGCCACCACGGCGUGGGGUCUCCGACGAGCCCUCUUCUAGGUUUGUCGCAUCUCACACGGUCACCGUCGGUAUCUCCACCGUUGUCUCCGGCGAAAAAAACCGCCGUGCUGUCACGGCUGAGGAGCCAGCUCGGUUCUGCAGCAUACAAGGAUGUUUUGAGCGAGCUGAUGAGUUCUUUGGAUUCCAUGACCCUCGCCGAAGUUCUGGCGGGUUCGUCAUCGCCGGUCACAACUCCGGUGGCCACUUCAUCGGCUUUGAUAUCCGCCGGGACGACCAACCACCGUGUCCCGUGGCUUGACGUCGGUUUCGGAGGAGAGAGAGAUAUCCAGCAACAACAACAAAGUCAUUUGCAGUUUGCUUUUUCGCCUUCUUCACCAAGUUUCCUCAACAGUCCAAAGCCGGCGAACUUAUUCUCCGAUGAUUCCUCACCUCACGGCGGAUUAAGGGACCGCCCCAUGGCGGCGUCGGCGGCUUUUGAAGACGGUUGCGGUGUUCCCGACCUCGGGUGGGUGAACGAUCUUUUGACAUGAAGAUGAUGACGAGAGAUGGACGGUGGAGAUUCUCCGGGAUAUGUGUAAAUUAGGGUUGGACAGCGUCUUGAACAGGGCAAAACGGUGCGUAUAAUGCUGAAGAAGAUGAAGCGAGGGCCGUUGCUCUAUUGGGAUUCGUUUUGGAGAUUUUUAUCUUAAGGGAUUGUUCAUUACUAUAAUAUAUGCUAAUUAAGGGUCUGUAAUAUGUCUUUUUUUUUAAUGUCUUUUGGUUUGUUAAUAACUCUCUUCGUUAAGAGGGGAGGGAUUUGAUCUGUUGGAACUUGUAAUCUCUGGAUGGAAACUCCGAUGCAUGCAAUGUUUUUUUUAAUUAUAAUUAAAGCUCUU